CAGUGUGUAAUAGAAUGUGUUCUGAGUGAAUAGAUGUCUUUAUGUCUCUUACAGAACUUUCACAAGUCAUAUGCUGCUUCGUUAGCUGCUGCAGGAAUAAUAAAGGUUUUGCCUUGGAGACUGUAGAGCUCUUCUUCCUUGGCUCCUGUUCAGUGAGAUCAGCUAUGGAAGAUGCUCAAGAAAGUGGAGGCUGUCUUGAGCAAAACCAGAAGUAUUGUGUAGAGAGACCAAUAUAUAACCAAGAGAUCUUGCAAGGACAGCUGCACAAACGAGAAAGAACACAUCAGAGUUUGAGGCAGAAAAUUGAGCACUCUUGUCGUUGUUCUUCUAAGAAAGCCAAGUCUCAUCUUUACAGUUUCUUACCAAUUUUAAAAUGGCUUCCCCGUUACCCAGUGAAGGAAUACUUAUUAGGAGAUAUUAUCUCAGGUAUAAGCACUGGAGUUAUGCAGCUUCCUCAAGGUUUAGCUUAUGCUUUGCUGGCAGCUGUUCCCCCAGUAUUUGGCCUAUAUUCUUCAUUUUAUCCUGUCUUUCUGUAUACUUUUUUUGGGACCUCCAAGCACAUAUCAAUAGGCACUUUUGCUGUGAUUAGUAUGAUGGUUGGUGGGGUUGCUGUGAGACUAGUGCCUGAUGAAGUGACCUUUGUAGGCUAUAACUCAACUAACACUACAGAUGCCUCAGAUUACUACAGUCUUAGAGAUGACAAGCGCGUACAAGUAGCUGUGACCCUCGCCUUUCUUUCAGGAAUUAUCCAGUUGUGUUUAGGCUUCCUUCGAUUUGGGUUUGUCGCCAUCUAUUUAACAGAGCCUCUGGUGCGAGGAUUUACUACUGCUGCUGCAGUUCAUGUCUUCACAUCACAGUUAAAGUACCUGCUUGGAGUAAAGACUAGCCGAUACAGUGGACCCCUCUCAGUUGUGUAUAGCCUAGCUGCUGUGUUUUCAGAAAUAACAACAACCAAUAUUGCUGCAUUGAUUGUUGGAUUAACAUGCAUUGCUCUAUUGCUGAUUGGCAAGGAAAUCAAUCUCCGCUUUAAGAAGAAACUGCCAGUUCCUAUUCCUAUGGAGAUCAUUGUGGUCAUUAUCGGCACAGGAGUUUCAGCUGGAAUGAAUCUGACUGAGUCAUAUGGAGUGGAUGUUGUUGGGAAAAUUCCUCAAGGGUUAAGUGCACCAUCAGUUCCUGAGAUUCAACUCAUCCCAGCAAUAUUUAUAGAUGCAGUAGCAAUAGCAAUAGUUGGAUUUUCAAUGGCUGUAUCUAUGGCCAAGAUCUUUGCCCUUAAACAUGGUUACACCAUUGAUGGGAAUCAGGAACUUAUUGCAUUGGGAAUAUGUAACUCUGUGGGGUCGUUUUUCCAAAGCUUUCCAAUCACUUGCUCAAUGUCCCGGAGUCUUGUUCAGGAAAGCACUGGUGGGAAAACUCAGAUUGCAGGUGCACUCUCUUCAAUUAUGGUUCUGUUGGUAAUUGUGGCAAUUGGAUACCUCUUCGAGCCACUUCCACAGACAGUGCUGGCUGCAAUUGUAAUGGUGAACCUGAAAGGAAUGUUUAAACAGUUUGGAGACGUCGCCCACUUCUGGAGAACCAGUAAGAUUGAAUUGGCCAUCUGGGUUGUAGCUUUUGUGGCUUCUCUUUUCCUGGGACUAGACUACGGUUUGCUUACUGCAGUAGCAUUUGCAAUGAUAACUGUUAUUUACAGAACACAAAGACCUCAAUACAGAAUCCUUGGUCAGAUUCCUGACACAGAUAUCUACUGUGAUGUGGAAGAGUAUGAAGAGGUUAAAGAAUACCCUGGAAUAAAAAUAUUUCAAGCUAAUACGUCACUUUAUUUUGCCAAUAGUGAGUCAUACACAAGUGCACUGAAGAAAAAGACUGGAGUGGACCCUUGUGCCAUAUUAGCAGCAAGAAAAAAAGCCCAGAAGAAGCAUGCCAGGGAGGUAAAGAAGGCCAAUAAAGUCAAAAAGAAAGCUGUACUGAAGCUGGUGAAUUCUCCGACCAAUGAUGUGGAAGCGAGCGUAAAACAUGAGAUAGCAAAUGACGGGUUACCUGUAAAUGGAAAAUUUGCAUUUGUGGAUGCUGGUGUACAAGAUGGGUCUCCUGAUGAGCUUGAACACUUUGUGGAGCCCAAAACAAACAUCCAUUCUUUAAUUCUGGAUUUCACCCCAGUGAACUUUGUGGAUUCAGUUGGAGCAAAAACAUUAAAAUCAGUUAUAAAAGAAUACAAAGAAGUUGGUGUCUGUGUCUGCAUUGCCAGCUGUAGUGGCCCAGUUAUGAAUGAGCUGACCAGACUGAAUUUUUUUGAUAACACUGUAACAAGAGAGUUGGUGUUUCACAGUAUUCAUGACGCUGUCCUUGCUUGCCGAGUGAAAGACAGGUCUGCUUCACAGACUGCCCUACACCACUGAAGAGUGGCAACUGGCAAAACGGACAUUGGAUUUAUGCUGAUAGAGACUUUGAAUAUUCAAUUUGCACAGGUUAAAGAGUAUCUAAGGCUGUCUGUAUCUACGGGUAUAGAGUGGGGCUUACUUUCUGUAGGAAGAGUGGACAAAGAAUUGGAAGCCUUCAUGCUCCUGAAUUUUUUCCUUCAAUCAGGGUAUUGCCGUUCAGUGACAUGACCUUACAAUUAUGCAAGAUGAGAAAAGUUGUUGUAUUAUGCUACAAUCUGAUAGACAAGGUGACAUUCCUACUCCUGUUGAGAAAAUGGGCACUUUAACUCACUUGCAGAAGAUAACUGUUCUGCAGUUCCAAUGUACUGUACCAGUGUCUUUACAGAAUUUUCUUAAACAGCUUUUAAAGCCUGAUGUCAACAUCUGCAUACCACAGAUUUUAUAUAAACUAGUACUCUGCCAGCUGGAUCAAUGAAUUCACACUGGUAACAUUAGCUGCUGUUCUUUUUAAAUCUUGAUGGUACCAUUUUGUUUAUUUUAGAUAUCUAACCUGUCUCAAAUGUGCUGAUCUCUUCAUUGCCCACGUGUUUUCACUGUGAGUUUCAUAUUAGAAAACCAUUGUUUAAUUAUUAUGUUAUCAAUAUGGUACUCACACUGCCAAAACCUAGUUAUACCUUCUAGAAAAUAAUAUAACACAUUUUAAGCAAAAAUUAUGUUGUCCUCAUGUUUGAAGACAAGAGCUGUUUAUGCCAGGAAUGAGGUCUGAUAAAAUGGACUUAAGAACUGAUGCCCUAUAUGCAGUCUCUUAAGCUGGAAUAGAAGGUUAGACAGUCCGAAGUCUCAGAGGUCCAAAAGAGGAGUACUUUUCCAUUGCCUGAGAUGUCUUUCUACCUACCAGCACAGCUGCUUCUGCCUCAGCUUUUAAGUUUUGUGAAAUAGAUUUCAGUAGAAAUCAAAAAUGCAUUUGGCUAUUUUUAAUGAAAAAGUAGGUUCUUUUUUUUUCUUUUUUCUUUCUUUUGUCUUUACAACCUGGCCACUAUAGCACUGUUUAACUUCAGGUUAAAACAUAAAAUUUGGAAACACUUCAAGCAAAAUAAUGCCUGUUAUUCCCUGAACUAUCAGUAUGAAUCUGAUUAGAGGUAGGAGCCUGGAAGUGUUCCUCUGUGAGCUAUUUCAGUAGCACAUGGGCAGUAGAGGAGGAUCAGUGCCAUUUUGUUUUGCACCCUCAAAGCAAAGGUCCUGUGCAUGCAGCAAUUCAGAUGAUUUCCUCUCUUCUUAGUGCAGAACUUGCUAUUUUUUAUUUUGGUUCACACUGUUGCAAUUAUGGUUUGCUUCAGGCAAACCGAGUUUCCCAAGAACCAGGGGCAAUAGGAAGAUGUUUUCUUUCCUCCAAAUCCCCUGCCACCAGGGAUAGGAAGCUUUCUGCAUCAGAAGAUACUGCUUAGCUGGAGUUCAAAGUAUGAAUGCACGUUAACACAGUGUGUGUUUACUUAAACAACUUUGGGUACAUUUUAUAAUGUUUACUAGUUUAACAAGCCUUUGUAUCUGCAUACAGUGUAUAUUUUUCUACUUCAGCUUGUUGCAGCUUCGGUUUUUAACUAUGUAGUCUCUUCUGUUCACAUCAAAAUCCUGUCGAAUUCUGAAAUAAAGUAAUUAUCAGGACUUGUCGAAACUC